AAACGUCAAAAUUCUGUCAGUAGUAGCUGUCAUUUUCAAUUGCAGACGAUUUGAUGUUAGGUUAUUUGUUUUGUCUUCAUUGAUUCUGAAACAACUAAAUUCUAAUCAGGGUAAAAAUUUAUUGGGAUGGAGGGGAGAGCAAAGGAUUGUUAUUUUAUUGAUUUACUUCGUUUAUGAGACUUGUAGCGAAAUGUUUAUGAACAAUUUAAAUUUAAGGUUAGAUCUGAGUGGUUUUAAUAUUACGUUGUCUUAUAGAGUAUCUACAUAUUUUCAAUGUGAGAAUAAACAAUAAAUAUUUUACUGAACAUUGAACCUCUUAAGUUAUGUUUAAAAGAAUGAGGUUCAGUGUGCGAGUGCCCCGAUUGCCACGAGUGCUGUCAUGUCUUUGCUUGACCAUGUUGACUAUGGCACUUCUGUUGACCUGGACAUUACUACGCCAUUCUCGUUCAUUCACACAGACCUGUCAUCAUUCAGAGGCCUUUCAAGAUGGUCUUCAUGCACUGGGUGACAGGGUCCAUAGGCUGCUGGUCUCGCUUGGCCUUACCCAUUUCCUGUGUUAUGGUUCUCUGUGGGGACAACUGCGGCUGUCUCGCACUCUGCCUUGGGAGCGAGACAUUGAAUUAUGUGUUCUCAACGAGGAGAUGGCACUUAAAGAUGAGGUAUUUUUGGAGCGCCAGUUCCGCAAAAACAACAUGCAACUGGCAUACGACUCAACGGAUGGCAAGUAUACUAUCACAGAUGAUACGCUGCCAGAUGCAAGAGUUGAACUUAUUGUGUUCGAAGAGGAUCCAAUGGUGGCAAUGUUGCGAAGAGUGGGGUGGAAACGUCGAGUUCUCCCCUCCGACUGUGAAUCUCUCCCCUCUCUCAGCUGUUUCCCUCCCCGUCUCAUCAAAACACCACUCCCCAGCCGAGAGUUUGGAGGUUAUAUCAUUCCUGUGCCUAGGGAAGGUAUUGAGAUACAAAAGUACCACUAUCCGGAUAAUUGGUGGAAGGAGGUGUUGCCCAAAAAUUGUUAAACAAUGUGUGAAGAAUGUUUACGAUCUCAUCAUCAUGGUCACAUUGUUUCAUAGUAGAGAAACGCUUAUUGUAUGCCUCUAGCUCAAGGGUCAUCAAUCCCAGUGCUUGAUAACAUAAUCAAACAAUACACAACAGUAAUUAAAAAUCAAAACAAACAACUGUAAAUAUAUAUAUGAUCUCAUAGCAGUAUAUCAAGUAGAAAAUAACAUAAAUUAUAAUCAAAAUGUUUUAUUGGUUAAGUAAUGUACCUAUUAAUAUUAUACAAUGGAAUAAUCGUUUUUCUAAAGUACCGACAGUCUUGUGAAUAGAAGUAUUUUAAUUUUAUGAGUUAUAUUCCAUUGUAUCAUCAUAUUUCUUAACGGUUAUUAGUAUAAAAACUAAACAUAAAACUUCUCAUUGCUAAAAAUUCAAAUGUUCAAUAUCGUGGAUGAACAUUUGAAUAUCAUAAACAUAUUGUAGUGAACAAAACCGAUUAGGACCACAGAAUGACGUCUGAAUUGGAUACAACUAUCUUUGCGAGUCUUUUUAAAGCUUAAUAUUACAUACAAUCUCUACUUGAUGCAGGAAUGUGUGAUCUGAGAUUAUCAAGCUAUUAUUAAGUUUUAAAUUUACAUAUAAGUUACUGUUUACGUAUUCUUACAAAAUUAUACUUAAUUUUUAUUAAAAAUGGGGUUAUGUAAUCCUAUUUGACCGGUUUCACAUAAGCAACAGAACUAGAUGAAUACCUUGGAAUUUUUAAACACCAAAGUAAAAAUCAAUACUUGCAAACUAUUCAGAUCUUCAACAAGCGAGACGGAGUUAGGUUAGAUUUGUAUUACAUAACCUAACCCAAAUGAGUCAAGUCUGUAUAAAUACUCAGUAUAUACCAAUAUAAUAUAUGCUAUUAACACUAUGUACGCCUGUUAAAUUUCAGUAAUAACAGGAACCGAGAAUGCAUGUAGGUUUUGUAAGGUACUUGCGUUAUUAUAAAUACUACUAAUUAUAUAGCUGACAUUAUUAGGGCAUUACUUGAUUAUGAUUUUUUAUAUCAACGUAUCUCAAACUAACCUAAUGUAAGUGAAAAAGUUAGGUACUUCACAUAAUACGUAAGUACCUUGGAAAUUAGUGAUGUAGUUAGUAUUUUCUACUUUUAAAUCGUAUUUGAUAAUGUGCCACUUUUAAUAUGAACAAAUACUAGUCUUAGGAUAUGAUGUAACUCUUUAAGGGUGUUGAUUUUGUUUGUGUUGUUCUUUUAAUGUAUUCAUGAUUUAAUAUUUUGUAUGUUUUCUUCCCACCUUAAUUUAGUAUUUUGGUUUAGAUUAGGUCACCAUCACUUUGUGUUAAGUUACAGUAACCAGUUAAUGAUUGUAACAUGUUACAACAGGUGACUCAUGCUUUGUCACUGUCUCUUCUAUAGCACCUAUUACAAAUUAUUCACUGUUUCUACCAGUAGUGACCUGUAGCCGAUACAGUUUAGACGAGUUUGAAAUCACUUACUCAACGGUUUAAUUUGAAAAAUUUUAGAAAACAUAGCUUCUAAACAUGUAUGUUAAAAAAAACAUUUUUUUAUAUACAAAAUUGCUAGAAAGUAUAGUGUGUUCCAUAAGAAUUUGUAACCCUUUGCACUUGUGUAAGAGCACAAAGUAUGACCCUUACUGAUCUCUCGCUCAGCUCAAAUUAAAUCUCAGAUAAUUGUCCUCUCAGGCCAUGUUUAGUGGCCGGCUGGGUUCGGCAUUACCAUUCUGUGUUGGUGGAACCACAUCAUCAUUUUGAACUGUAUUUAAAUGGCAGUAUUUUACUUUUGACCCUUGUAAAUGAUUGUGAUUUAAAUGCAAUUCUCCAACACUUACAGUAUUUUUAUUGGUUAUAUAUUAUUUUCUCGUAAACAUACCAAGUUGUAUAAAUACAAGCUACUUACUUAGGUUGUAUGUAAUCUAACUUAUUUUUUACCUAAUUUAAAAGUAUUUUUAUUUCAAAUACAAAAAUGCAAUUAGUUUCUAAUAUCAACACAAUAUAAAUUCAUUUCCUUAUUUUGAUGUUUGGCGCUAUUAUUUUAAUAAAUGGAUAGGAUACGCCAAAGCAACUACAUUGGCUCUGACAAUCAGAUAAAAUAACAACUAUAAACAGUGUUUUUGCUACGGUAUGUAGUAUGUUUUUUUUUUUCUGCAAAUAGAGAAAUAUUAAUGUAGUUCUUCAUUUGACUGAGAGAUUGCAUUACUUUCCAGCUGCACCUGGUUAAGGAAUUAGUUUUAUAACUGGGCAAUACAGUGGGCCACAUGUAUAACCCUGAUAAACUGAAUAGGAAAACAAGGGCUAUUAAGAUUUGCCUGGGGAGCUGAUGGACAAGACUUUUUCAUAAUUCUUCAAGCUGACAAAGAAAACAGCCAUGGCCACUCAUAAUGGCCCCACAAGCUGGAAGGUAACCCUGUGCAAAGGGUUACGUUUUGCUACCUUAUUAGAAAAUGUUUGCAAAAUGCUAAAAUUCUAAAUUCAUAUUUUUAAUUCUCACUAAAAGUAAGUGAAAGUUAACAACUUUCCUGUACAAUCAGUCAUUUUAAGAUUUCUACGGUGGUACAGUUAAAAUGGACAUCCUGUACAUUACUCACCUCCAGUGUAAAGCAAUCUAUAGAAUACUGUGAGUAAUUUAACUGUUUAUGCAACAUAAUAACAAUAUGUUAUUGUCAAUGUACUCGUAUUGUUCCUAAGUUUAAAUUUAAACGCUAUUUUCUAGUACUACAAAACAGUAUUUACUUUAAUAUGUAAACAAAAAAGUGUAAGCAGUAGUUUUUCAGUAUAAAACUUCUUUUUAAUUGAUUUUUAAACACUGGUUGCUCUGUAAACCUGUAUAUUUAAGAGAAGCAACAUAACAUAAAAGAUCUAUUAUGUUCUCUUACUCUUAUCAUACUGAAAAAUUCCAAGUAUAUAAAUUCUGCCAGCCUUGCCUCCUCAAGGAACUUAAUCACCUGAAUGGAGUAAAACUCUUCAAUCCUAACCUGGGUUUUUGAUUCUUCUACUUGCAAGUACAUCACAUUAAACUAAUGUAUGAUUCCUGUUCAUUUAUAAAGACUCUACAGAUGCCACCUUCUCUCAAACUGAGUGUUCUUCAGGUGUUCAUUGAACUUGCAAUGCUCUGUAAGAUUGUAUUGAGCCUAUUUCUAUCGGGUUCGAUUUAAGUUCCUACUGUCAUAGUUCCGAAGUGGUUCUUUGGUUUGUCUCAGUCCGGGUGGCUGUCUCAAAAGUGUUUUCUUUGGUUGUCUUCUCUUUCUUUGAACUUCACUUUAAAAGAUGCAAUGCUUAGCUCUUAUCCAUCCAGGUUCAAAUGCUAUGAGGUGUGUGGGGAUUGGCUUUUUUUAGCUAGUUGUUCAGCUUAUUUUCUUCAAGUCAUGCAUGCCACUGCAUCCAGAGGAAAGGACAGUUUACUGUUAUUAUAUGUUCUUAAAAACCUAAUAUAGAGAACAAGUUCAGAGUCUGCUUUUAGAGCUAAUUAAGGGAGAAUUCAGUGCUUUAACUGUUGCUGAACUGAUGGACAAAAUGACUGAAUUCCAUUUCUUAUAUUUUCUACUGAGGUUGAACUAUUUUCAAUUGCUCGAUCCUCUGCUUGAAGAAAAUAUAACUCUCCUAGUGAUCCUGAGUGUGGUCUGUGACCAAUACAAUACUGCUUCAGUUCCUCAUCGGCCUUUGUACCAUCUGUAUACCCAGGCCUGUUCUCAGACCGGUGAUAACAUAGGUCUGUUUCUUUUAUGGUACAUACAAUUUCAGUUUACACAACAUUAUGUAUGUGGUAUAUAAUACACUGAAUUUUUUUCACACAAAAAAUAUGUAUAAACUCCAGUGAAUUCCAAAAUGUUUUCUUAAAAAUCUCCAAAAGAAUGUUCAAAAUUAUUUAUGUUAUUUUCAACUAUACAAUUUGUUUAUUGUUUAUUUAUGUGAAGUAUAUAUAAUCAGUGUUUUCUAUUACUCUUGGUAAAAUUAUAAUAUAGUUAAAUUUCAGUAAAACACGAAAUGAUUGAUACUAAGAUUAUUAGUAUAAUCUUUAAACAUUGUAACAUAAGCAAAACUAAUUAUAAUUUAAAACAUUGAAUUUUAGUCAAAAACAAAAGGUCAGUCCCUCGCAUGACAAUAACUUAACUAUGACAAAGCUAUUGCCAUGAUACAGGUUUGUUCACGUGAAACAAAAUAUUUCAUAGCUUAUAUUAUUUUCAGUAUUAAAAGUAUCAUAUACAAAAGCAUACUUGAUGAGCGUUUUAUCUAUGACAAUAGUAACUGAAUAAUAUAAACUGAAUAAUGCUAGCUCAGAUCCUAAAAUAUGGACUGAGUUGGAGCUGUUUAGUCAACAUUCUUCCAAUUUCUAAUUUUGUGUACUUAAGAAUAUUUAUUUUCAGAAUAACUAUUAUUUUGUGAUAUUUCUGUUUGCAAACUGUGGGAUAUUUUCUUUUUAAUGUUUGUUGUUUAAUGUUUAUUUAUUAUUAUAUUAUUAGACUUUACUUUCAAAGUAAAUUUGUCUUCCUUUGUUAUACCAAAAAUAUAACUACUAGCUUUGUGA